AGGCCUAGUGGUCGGCUGCCUCCCAGGCCUGCCCUGGGCCUGCAAGGCCGUGUGCCCCUGGGCUGCCCCCACAGCCACAGGACACCGGCAAUUCUGCCCUGAGUGGGGCUGGUCAUCUCCUUCCAUCUCCCUCCUCCCUGCAGGGCUCUGUGGCACCAUGGCUGCUGCUGGUGGGGAGAGGCCAUGAGGGCCAGGGCCAUGGUGUGGUGUGGGGGCUCCCUGCCGGGGUGUCAGCCCUGACAACAACAUGAACUUCAACGUCUGGAACAUCAAGGAGAUGCUGAGCACACCAACAGCCCUUGGAAGCCAAAGAGCAGCUAGAAACCCCCACAUCUACAAUCUACAGUGAAACAACAAAUAUUCAGAUGUAAACAUCUGGAGGGCAAAUAUGCCUAAUAAGUUUUCCAUGCGGAGCAGCACUGCCAGUGAUUACUCGAGUCUGAGUGAUUCUCAGCUCCUCUUUGGCUCCCAGUUCUGCCCGGAGAAUGUGCAGUCGGCAGCAGCACCACUGGAGCUGGGCACGCAGCCGGGACAGCAGAACUCCCAGGAUAGCGAGCCCAGUAUUUUUACCAAAUAUCAGACAAAACCACAGUUAUUUGAUGAAGAAACAAGAGAAAAAGGUUCUCUUAAUUUUGGUACAGGAAGAGUGAAAAGUGUCUUGGAAAAUUUUGAAGUGAAUAAGAACAAAAUAAAGGAUAAAUAUGACCGUGAAAUCCUAAGUUCCUUUAUUUCCAGCAUCAAAGACAGGCUUCAAGAGCUGAAAGUGUGCUUUGAGAAGUUUGAAGAAAUGUUUGAUUCCAAACUCAAAUCCAGUUUGGUUUGGCAAGAAACCCUUUCCAAGACAUUGGAAGAUGCUCUUCAAAGUCACUCUAGCUUGAUGCUGAAAGCUUUGACAGAUAAAAGUCAAAUGGAGCAGGCACUGCUGGAGAUGGAGAGGAGACUUGCAGCCAAAGAUAUGGAGAUUUUGGAUAUGAAAUCCAGUAUCCAGCUGCUGAAGGAGGGUGUGGAGUCACUGCCAGCCCAGCUGAAAGACCAGUUCCUGGAAGUGUGUAAAGAACUUGGCUUCCCGAAGCUAUAUAAUAGCUCAGCUGAGCAGCAUACACUUGCGUCUAGUGCCAGCCUGCCCCCUCACAUGAUAGAUAAGUCAUCCCAGACCUACCCUGGGCUGUGCCAGCACUGUGUCCUGAGUAAGGAGCACCCACACAGGCCAUGCUGCCCAGGCAGGGGAGUUUGCAGCUGCUCAGGCUGGUCUCAUUUCCCCUGUGUGACAGCAGGGCAGCAACAGGAAGACUCUCCUGGAAGGAACCAGGUCACUGGAGAUAGCACAUCUAACCUAAACUCAGCCUCAGGAGACAAAGCCAGCCUCAUUGCUACAGCAGCCUGUGGCAGAGAUAACACCUUUUAUCAGGAGGUGAAAUGUAGUUUGGAGACACAGAGCUGUGCUGACCAUCCUUGCAUGUGCUGGGCUGGCAGACACUUUUUGGGGAAUAGUCAGAAGAAACAAGAUGCUGUACCACUGGAAGUGCCUCUACCAACCCCACUGAGAAAGGCAUUCAGGAGAGGCACUCGAGGGUUUAAACCCCUUACACCAUCACAGCAGCAGCAGCCUCAAGUUUGCCACCAUUCUGCACAGAAAGCUACACCUAGGCAAAGACACGGCGACUGGUUCACAGACCACGAGGUGGAAAAGGCAGCUGUAGGGAACAAAACAAAACAGAGUCCAGGAAGGAUGUCCUGGAAAAAAGAAAUAGGGAGAAAGAAAACCUGCUCCACUAAGAAAAAAGGCGAACACUCUGGAUGUGCUGACGGUGGGCUGAAGCAAAGGAAGGCAAAUGGGAUUAUUGACUGGGAAAGCUCCAGAAAAAAAUCCCUUCCCAGAUACUUGGUUGAUCUCAAUUCAGAAAACUCUGACCUGGUUUUUGCAGCUCCUCAUCAGCAGAUCCUCAACAGUGCUCAACUGGGGCUUACAAAGAGUUUCCCACCAGUGCCACGCUCUGAUAAAAGCCUGCAACAACUUGCAAGCAGAAAGAGAAGUCCUGAAACUAAAAAUACAAUUAAUGUUUCCAGUGUAAAAAGGUAUCUCUUGAAUUCCUCUCCUGAGGAGGAUGUACUUUCCUUGUGUAGCACAAAGGGUGUAAAGAAAAUGAGCUGUUUCAGCCUCCAAAGCCCCUCAAGCUCCAAGAAACCACAUCCUGUCAAUCCACUGGCUCAGCAGAACACAGACUGUUGCUCUUUACUGUUUGAUUGUGAUUCUUCUGAUUGAAGGGGUUUGUUUCAUGCUUGGAGCCCUUAGUGAAUGAACAUUUCAGUUGCAGUUUAUUCCUCUAAGUGUGUUACCUGCUUAGUCAGAGGCAAGACUCUAGCCUGGAUGCUUGAAAAUGCUAUUGCCCAGUUUGAGAUAUUGUAAGGGACUAUGUGGGAUCUAAACAGGGCUCUCCCCUGGCUUGGAAAGCUGAAGAAUUUGUAUUGCUUUACUUCCCUGCUCCCAGCAGAGAUGCCAUGGGCUUGAGUUACCUUAGCAUUUACACAGCAAUGAAGUACCUGACAUUCCCACGGAGGAGAGGGCAGGCAGAGCAGAGGGUCAGCUCAGUCAGAUUUGAGAUCUAUUGGAAACUACUCAGCUAGAUCUAUAUAAUGUUAUCUCUGUGGCCAGAGGCUUCACUCUGUUUCUUACUUGUAGUAUUUGUGUUGGUUUGUUCUGUAAAAGUUCAGGAUUUUAGUAGAGUAGUGUUGUUCUAGUUGAUUUACAUCAGGUUCAGAUUUGUCUCAGGAGUUGUUUGUGAACUUUGGGCAGGGACAGGUUUAACUGAGGAAAACCAAACCACAUCAUCUCAGGAUCAUCCACUAUUGUAUCUCUUCUCCUUACAGGCUUAAAUUCCUCGGUUUCAGAGAUUCCAGGACAUUAUUUUGUUUCUACUUUAUUUGUCUUUUGUAUCUCUUGGCUGAUUAAGUAAUUCUCCAACAUACCCUUUUCAAGGGCAGUGGUUCUGAGAGACCAAAGAUGGGACAGGUAGAUCCAGCAGAUGAGAUGUUAGACAGUCCAAAUUCUCACAAAGCAACUCUUUUCAGGGUACCCAGCUGUGACUGUGGGCAGCUCCCACUGCUUCGGGCAUUUGUGUCACAUUUGAUUUUUGAUCUGAAAUGUUACCAGCAAAAGAAACAUUUUGGUGUUGACAAAACCGUAUUGCCACAAAUUCAAAUUAUCCAGCUUUGUCAUUCCAAGGAAAAUGGCUGGGAUCCCUUUUUCUGUCUUUAAUAAACUCAUGUUCACCAAAG